GUUAAGCAUGUUGAAGCUGCAUGCUAGCUCUGUUUACGUAGACACACGUGCAGCUAGUUAGUAUUUCGUGUUAAUAAAGAAAUAAAUAAAUAAUAAAUCCAACAGGAGAAGUGAAUUUUACCUUCAGGUGAACUGUGGGCAAGAUGGGAAAGCCGAAGAAGAAAAGUGACCUCAGCCGGGCUGAACUGAUGAUGAUGACGAUUGCAGACGUCAUCAAACAGUUGGUUGAGGCUCAUGAGCAGGGGAAAGAUAUCAACCUUAACAAGUUGAAGACAAAGACCUCAGCGAAGUAUGGCCUCUCAGCACAACCCCGUCUGGUAGACAUCAUCGCCGCAGUGCCGCCUCAGUACCGCCGAGCCCUGAUUCCUAAACUCAAAGCCAAACCCAUUCGCACAGCCAGUGGGAUUGCAGUCGUGGCUGUGAUGUGUAAACCCCAUCGCUGUCCUCACAUCAGCUUCACAGGGAACAUUUGUGUAUACUGUCCAGGCGGUCCUGACUCUGAUUUUGAAUAUUCGACACAGUCUUACACAGGCUACGAGCCGACAUCUAUGAGGGCCAUCCGAGCACGCUACGAUCCCUAUUUACAGACCAGACACAGGGUGGAACAGCUGAAGCAGCUGGGCCACAGUGUGGAUAAGGUGGAGUUUAUUGUGAUGGGCGGCACAUUCAUGGCUCUGCCUGAGGACUACAGAGAUUACUUCAUCCGCAACCUGCACGACGCUCUGUCAGGACACACUUCCAACAGUGUAGCCGAGGCCGUCAGGUAUUCGGAGCGCAGUAACACCAAGUGUGUGGGGAUCACCAUCGAGACCCGGCCGGACUACUGCCUGAAGCGGCACCUGAGCGACAUGCUGGCGUACGGCUGCACCCGGCUGGAGAUCGGCGUACAGAGCGUUUACGAAGACGUGGCACGUGACACCAACAGGGGGCACACGGUGCGCGCCGUCUGCGAGUCUUUUCACCUGGCUAAAGACGCAGGCUUUAAGGUGGUGUCCCACAUGAUGCCUGACCUGCCCAACGUAGGCAUAGAGCGAGACGUGGAGCAGUUUAUAGAGUUUUUUGAGAAUCCGGCAUUCCGGCCAGACGGGCUGAAGCUCUACCCGACGUUAGUGAUCCGGGGAACGGGUCUGUACGAGCUAUGGAAGACAGGGCGCUACAAGAGCUACUCACCCAGCACUCUGGUGGACCUGGUGGCCCGUAUCCUGGCACUGGUGCCACCCUGGACCCGAGUGUACCGUGUGCAGAGGGACAUCCCCAUGCCUCUGGUCACCUCCGGUGUAGAACAUGGCAACCUGCGAGAGCUGGCGCUGGCACGGAUGAAGGACAUGGGAAGCGAGUGUAGAGAUGUGAGAACCAGAGAGGUGGGAAUCCAAGAGAUCCAUCAUAAAGUGCGACCAUACCAGGUGGAGCUGAUCAGACGAGACUACGUGGCCAAUGGAGGCUGGGAGACCUUCCUGUCGUACGAGGAUCCCGAGCAGGACAUCCUGAUUGGCUUGUUGAGGCUUCGCCGCUGCUCACCGCAGUCUUUUCGGACGGAGCUGAAGGGGCCGGUGUCGAUCGUGCGUGAGCUGCACGUGUACGGCAGCGUGGUUCCCGUCAGCAGCAGAGAUCCCAGCAAGUUCCAGCACCAGGGUUUCGGGAUGAUGCUGAUGGAGGAGGCGGAGAGAAUCGCCAGAGACGAACACGGCUCCACCAAACUCGCUGUUAUCUCAGGUGUAGGAACUCGGAAUUAUUACAGGAAGAUGGGUUACGAGCUGGAGGGGCCGUACAUGGUCAAACGCCUGGACUGAAAGAACAGAGAUUUCUGUCAGCUGCACACGAGGAAACACAAAUAAUAGUGUGUUUAAAUGUUGGUGUGUUUGGGUGUGUGUUUGAUAGUAUGUGUUCUUAAUUGGGGGGUGGGGGGGUUGUGUGUUUGAUUGUGUAUGGAGGUGUGUUUGUGGGGGGGUCUCAGGGUGUUUGUGAAUGUGAGGGUGUUUGUGGGUCAGUUGGGCUGUUGGGUGGACAUGUGAUUGUAUGGAGGGUGAUUUGAUGUGUGUGUGGGUGUGUGUGUGUGGGUGUGUGUGAUGUAAUUGUGGGUGUGGGUGUGUGUGUGUGGGGGGGCGUGUGUGUGAUGUAAUUGUGUGUGUGUGGGGGGGGGGGGGUGUGAUGUAAUUGUGUGUGCGCGUGUGGGUGUGUGUGAUGUAAUUGUGUGUGUGUGUGUGUGUGUGUGUGUGAUGUAAUUGUGUGUGUGUGUGCAUGUGGGUGUGUGUGUGCAUGUGGGUGUGAGUGAUGUAAUUGUGUGUGUGCAUGUGGGUGUGAGUGAUGUAAUUGUGUGUGUGAUGUAAUUGUGUGUGUGUGUGCAUGUGGGUGUGUGUGUGCAUGUGGGUGUGAGUGAUGUAAUUGUGUGUGUGUGUGUGUGUGUGUGCGUGUGGGUGUGUGUGAUAUAAAAGACUGACAGGAAGCUACAGGAUGACCUUCAGGAUUCAUAUUUGUAUUCAUUCAAAGUUUGUUUUAACAAAUAAAGAAUCUUUAUCUCA